AUGUUUUUGAACAGACGCUUACUAGCAUAUAUUCCAAAGAGAUUGUACCAUUUCAAGACUUUGCCUACACCGAAUCCCAAUGCUUUAAAGUUUAUAUCGCCAGAGUGUAAUAUACUACCUAUGGAGGAUAAAACAUUUGAAUUCACAACCACAUUGCAAGCAAUCCAUUCCCCAUUGGCGUUAACUCUUUUCAAAAUUCCUGGAGUCAAAUCUGUAAUGUUGGGAUACGAUUUCCUUACUGUUAAUAAACAGGACUAUAUUAAUUGGGCAAACUUAAGACCCGAGAUUGUGGAACACUUGGACGAGUUUUUAACCUCUAAAAAGCAUCCAGUGAUAACUAAAGAACUAGUGGAUGAAGCGCAAAGGGAAGCUGAAGAGGAGUCCGAAUUAAUUUCCAUGAUUAAAGAGUUGAUAGAAACUAGAAUUAGACCAGCUAUACAAGAUGAUGGUGGUGAUAUUGAAUUGAAAGGUUUUGAUGAAGAAACGGGAACAGUUUUUGUGAAACUACAAGGAGCAUGUAAAUCAUGUAGUGCAAGUGAGGAUACUUUGAAACAUGGUAUUGAGAGUAUGUUAAUGCAUUAUGUCGAAGAAGUCAAAGAAGUCAUACAGAUUUUGGAUCCAGAAGAAGAAAUAGCUAUGAAAGAGUUUGAAAGAUUGGAACAAAAAUUGAAAAAUGGUAAUAGUCAAAGCGAACAAGCUCCUCCAAGUUUGUAA